UCGAUUUCGAGAUCUCUACUGCACAACAUCCAUCCUUUAUCCUUUUUUUGACAAAAAAUAUUAAAUUAAUAUAACAUAAAUGAAAGUAAAUUAUGAACUAUUAGAUGUAUACUGCUUAUGCAUUUAGCAAACACAAAAUAAUGUAUAGGUAUUUAAAGGCAGUAUAAAAAAAAGAGUGAAGAGAAAAUCAGUCGAUUGAAACAUGUUCGUGAAAAUUGCAAUACACAACAAAUACGAAGAAGUACAAGGACUAGAAAACAAUGAGACGUCGUCAAGUGAAAUAAUACAAAUAAUACAUUCCGCUUGCAAAAAAAGAAUAAAGUUAAGGACAACGAAACAAUUAAUACAACAAGUUGUCGGCGAAUGAGUUUGGAUAGUGGUAAUCAAAUCCCCAAAGGAAAUCAUCAGUGACGACGAGGACGACCCUAUCACAACACCCACCCCCUCAAACCACUUCUACCACCACAACCAAUACCACUUGGAAGAAGCUGGAAAAUUUGUUGAAGUGUGGGAAAAUGCAGUGGUAUUACAAUAUAUUAGCUAGACGACCAUAUCUUAUGGUUUUGUUCAUCACAGUUUUCUGUACGGCCUGCAUUAUUGUAUCACUAACGACAAACACAUUACCGGACUUUACAGAUCCAACUUUGGGUUUUGAAACACGAGGCACUGAUAUAGGCAAACGCCUAAUAGCAUGGCACAAUUUGAUACAAGAAACUGGCCCAUCGAAUUUGCUUGUGGCAAAUCCAAGCGAUCUUCAACAUCAAGCGGAACGCAAUGAAUAUGGCAUCAAUGAUUAUCAUCAUUCCAUUGGGAGAAAAAAUCGUCGCAAUCGCAAACGUAAAAAUCGCAAGCAGAGAAAAAAUCAACGACAACGGAGUAGAAAUAAAACUGAAUUGGCAAAUGAAAUCAUCACAUUCAAGAAUCGUUUGAGACCUAAAGCCAAAAAUCAUAGUGCACCUAAUGAGGGGGCUGAACGUUAUAAUGCCUCAGCCGGCAUGUCUUGGCAUGGCGAUAAUGGCGUAUUUAAAGAUUAUGAAAUCACUAAUGACACAUCAUCUUCAUUGGCCUCAUCAUCGGUGUCGUCCAAUACUUCCAGAUCCAAUGAGCAUGGCAUAUAUGGUCUCAAUAUGACCUUUGUCGAUGAAGAUGAUCACCGUGAACGCAUACAAACGAAGAAGAGCACAUGGAUUAUACUGCAAAGAGCUGAAUUGCCAUCGGCUUCAGACAGUGGUGAAAGUAUACGAUUACCCAUAGAGGGCUACUUUUGUGACUCGCCAGCAAAAGAAUAUUCACAUUUUGUGGUUGAACGUGUUGGGCCUAAUGCCACCGAUUCACUCUUUGAUAUAAACGGCAUUUUGGCCAUGUGUGUAUUGCAAGAUCAAAUCACUAAGGUACCUUACUACGAGGAGUAUUGUGAACGGGAAAUGAUUAGCAAUAAUUGUUGUCGUCCCUGGUCUUUGGCGAAUUAUGCCACUCUUUUGGCCAAUAAGAGUUCGUGUUUUGAUUUGACACAUGAAGACAUUUUGCUAUUGCAAAAUCUUUUGCUUACUUGCUUUGAAUAUUUCCAUGACUUAAAGCUAAGCAAUGAUUGCAGCGAAAGAAAAUGUUUUGCUCCACCUGAAUGUACUCGUAAAAAUAUUGUCUUCAAUAUUCUACACUAUUUGACUGAUUAUAAUAUUAUAAAAGUAAAUGAAACAAAUAUAUUCCUAAAAUUCUCCAUGAUAUUUGUGCCAGUUUCACAUGCAAGAAAAAUUUUACCAUUAUUUCAUGAAUGGGAAAAAGUUGACUUAAGCAAUGAACUUGUCCGGGUUGCUGCGAUGGAUUUGGGUUUGGAAAAUGAAUUAUUCAAUGAAUUAUUAUUAACCGAUGUCUGGCUGGUGGCACUGGGUGGCAUAUUUGUUAUGACUUGCAUGUGGCUGUAUACAACAUCUCUAUUUGUUACUAUAAUGACUUGCAUUGCUGUGAUAUUUUCAUUAGGUUUAGCAUACUUUGUUUAUACUCUAGUAUUUGAGAUGUCCUUUUUCCCAUACAUGAAUCUUUUGGCUGUUGUAGUAAUCAUAGGUAUUGGUGCAGAUGAUGCCUUUAUUUUUGUUAAAAUAUGGCAGUGCGUGUUAACAGAACGUUUUUCAAAAACAUCAACUAUUACAACAAAAUCUCUGGCAAAUCCUGAACCUGAACAAACUGAAACGUUACAAAACCUGAUGGCAUUAACAUUGAAACAUGCUGCUAUUUCAAUGUUCGUUACAUCGAUAACAACGGCGGGAGCAUUCUAUGCAUCCUAUACAAGUUAUAUAACAGCCAUAAAAUGUUUUGGUAUAUUUGCUGGAACUGCUGUUAUAACCAAUUAUUUUCUAAUGAUUACUUGGCUGCCGGCAUCCAUUUCAAUUAUGGAACGUUUCACUUCCUUUACCACCUGUAGUAAAUUACAAAUUCAAAAACUCUUGAUCAUGCUCAAUAAGUCAAUUAAUAGUUUUUGCACAAAACUUGAAUUGUGGAUAACUACAGCUAUACUAAAUUAUGCCCCCAUAUUAUUUACUCUAUUUGGCAUUGCUGGCAUAUGCUGUGGUGUAGUAGUUUUGUACAAACCCGGCCUACAAUUACCGGAGAGUUCACAUUUUCAACUUUUUGUUUCGAAUCAUCCCUUUGAAGUGUACAAUUCAAAGUUGAAAAAUGAAUUUUGGUUUGAAAAAGCUAUGGCGAAUUCGGAAAAUUACAAAAUGCCAUUACGUUUUGUUUGGGGAAUACAGCCGACUGAUGAUGGCGAUUAUGACAACCCAUUUGCCUAUGGAAACUUACACUAUGACAAUAAUUUUAAUGUCUCUACGAAAAAUGCUCAACUUUGGCUUUUACAAUUUUGCCAAAAUCUUAGGAAACAGCCAUUUUAUCAAUUGACAUUCGGAAUGCUGUUACCAAACUGUUUUAUAGAGAAUUUUAUAACACUCAUGGAGAGAAUGUGCGUUAAUAGCAUGGAUGACACUGAUCGUACGCCUUGUUGUGACAUCUCUAAAUUUCCCUAUGAACCGGAAGUUUUCGAUAUAUGUUUACCACAAAUCAUAUCAUCGCUUUAUGCAACACCCAGGGAAUAUUUUUGGCCUGGUGUGGCUGGUCCGAAAUUUAUGGCUUCGCCUAGAUUAAUGGAGAAUACCACUUUAAGUGAGGAAAUGGUUAAUAACACUUUGGACACCACCAUGGCCAAUAUGACAACGCCACCGCCUAUUGUUAAAGCUCUAGUGGUAGAGUUCGAGUCCAAUGUAUCCUUCUCAACACAAUACGAUAAGGUUAAAGCUUUUGUCCAGGAAGUAGAGUACUGGUUUGAAAAUGAACUAAAGUCGGCCCCUGUGGAAAUGCAAAAUGGAUGGUUCAUUAGUGAUCUAAAGUUCUAUGAUGUACAAAACACCCUGCCCAGCAGUACAUUGGUGGCCAUAUGUGUGGCCAUGUCAGCCUCUCUGGUCGUGCUACUCUUGGUUACGCUGAAUAUUUUGAUAUCCCUCUAUGCUGUUGUCACCGUAUUGCUAACCAUAUUUGUUACCGUAGCCAUUCUCAUAAUGCUGGGUUGGAAAUUGAACAUUUUAGAGAGUGUAACGGUGAGUACAGCAAUUGGUCUAGCAGUGGACUUUAGUUUACACUACGGCAUACACUAUCGCCUCUCACCAUCCUGCGAACGUCUGGCGGCCACUCAAUUCUCAUUAUCGAGAAUUAUUGGCCCCACCGCUAUGGCCGCCAUUACCACAGGUAUUGCGGGAGCAUUGAUGUUGUUCUCCAGUGUUUUACCCUAUCGCCAAAUUGGCAUAUUUUUAUUGGUUGUCAUGUCGGUCAGCUGGAGUUAUUCAACUUUCUUUCUAAUGAGUUUACUGAAAUUGUUUGGCCCCCAAUAUGGUUUUAUGCAAUUCCAAUAUCCCAGAGUGAAGAAACGCUCCGCCACCAAUGGCAUUAAGUUCUAUGAACGCAAACCCAAUUACAUUACAGCUAGAGAGCAAUUGCUAACACCUUCCAGCUCCGCUGUUGGCGAACUUAUCAACUCUGAAUCGCAUGAAUUGGAAUCUUUGACAUCAAAUUCGUUGAUUAAAACAAUUUCGGGCACUGAGUGUUCGGCUCAAAGUUUCUCCCUGGAUUAUGAACAUUUGCUCAAUAAUAAGAAAUCUGCCAAUACGCUGGCUUCGCCGGUGCCCAGCCAUCAACAACAUCAUCAUACUCACAAAUGUCCAGCAUUUAGAAAUGGAACUACCGCCCAAACAUCAUCUGCUAACACCACAACAACCGCCCUUACCAUGGCUCUUAAUGCCUCAUCGGAUGUUGAUUUGGAAACAGAAAGCAGCAAACCCGAAAUAAUUGUCUGCCGCAAUCAUCUGGAAGAAACACGCAGCUAAAAAUCGCCAAAAUCACAAAACAUGACAAUGCGAAGUGGCACGGUAGGUGUUUUUAAAUAGUAUUAAAUAGUAGUUUAGUAUCUUUUAGAAAUAACUGUAAGAUGCCUUUUGUAAGAUACGUUAUUUCUAUGGUUUUUGGUUUUUUGGAAAACAGAGACUAGGAAUGUUUAAAAAAAAAAAAUUAAAACGCUCAAUUUUUUGAGGAACGAAAAAGAUGGAGAAGAAUAA